AUGGAGUGCGGAAGUGUUGCCUGGGAUGCGCUCUCGCUCAGCCGGGAGCUCUCCAGGAGUUGCGAGCCAGACAUGUUCACACUGGCCUUGUUCAUCCACAAGCCUCCAGAUGACUGGAGCAGCGUGCGGCGGUACGUAAAACAUGGCGGCAUUGUCAUUGCAGGGCAUUUUUCACACGCGGUUUACGCAAACAUGUUCCAGACACAUGUUCCGAAAGGGAUCUGGCACGGAAGCUGCCAGUCAAGAGGCUUUCCGGAGCAACACAAGUUCAAUGAAAGUGAUCACUUAUGGCGCACAUUGACAGAUCACAAUGGUCACUCUGAGCCGACGGCAUCAGCAGCAGGGUGUGGCCCGUCGACAUACGAGUUUCCAGGCGUCGUCGGCCUUGCUGGUUGGACGGCAUCUUCCUACAGCUUGUCAUAUCGAAUACUUGGCGCUGGCACCGUUUGGUUCGCGACGUGGGGCUGGGAGGUGUUCGCUGACCAGCGAACGAGGCAGGUCUUGAAGUAUAUGUUGAAACACAAUCGUGCGCUAAUGUCAGAUGGAAACACCGCCUCCUUCGGUGUUUCCCUCGAAGCCCUCGAUGUGACGCUAAGACGUAAAGGAGGAUCGCCGUCGCCGUCGCCUUCGCCUUCACCUUCACCUUCACCUUCACCUUCACCACCACCGAUCACAGUGACUGCCACAACAACGACAACAACCACCACAACAUCGAGCUCCAGCACAUCAAACUCGUCCACAUCGACAUCUUCCACCACUGCAACAACCACCUCAACCUUUUCGACGUCCAGCACAUCCACCUCCAGCACAUCCACCUCCAGCACAUCCACCUCCAGCACAUCGACGUCCAGCACAUCCACAUCCAGCACUUCCAGCUCCACCACGUCCACUCUCAGCACUUCCACUACCACCAGUUCCAGCACAUCUACUUCCAGCACAACAACUUCUAGCACAUCCACUUCGAGCACAUCCACUUCGAGCACAUCGAGCUCCAGCAUGUCCACCUCCAGCACAUCCACCUCCAGCACAUCCACCUCCAGCACAUCAAACUCGUCCACAUCGACAUCUUCCGCAACGGCAACAACCACUUCAACUUUUUCGACGUCCAGCACGUCGAGCACCAGCACCUCUACAUCUACGACGUCGAGCUCCAGCAUAUCGAGCUCCAGCACCACAACAAGUUCUUCAGCAUCCACCACGACUCGCUCGACCUCCACAUACGCAGGCAGUGAUCCCAAUAUUCUUUCGGGUGAAGCAACGAACAGGGAAGAACAAAUGACUGCGCUUCAAGGAGCUGCGAUAAACAGUCUGAUGAGUGCAGCCAGUAAUGUCAACCUUUCAAACGUAGAAGUGGUGGAUGGAGUUGCCACACUACUGGAGGAAGAAGUUCAGACCGCACAAGGCAUGACCUUGCUGACGAAAGCAAUGGUAGUGUUAAAUGCCAGCAGUGGCUUGCAGGCCACUGUAGGGCGUAGCCGAAGUACUUUGCGGGUGCCAGCAGCAACGCUCGAGCAGCUUAAGAACGGCAGCGCGCAUCUUGCAGUAAGCUUUGGAGUCUUCCCCGAUACCACGAACGAAUACAAGUCCUUCGAGGCAGGCAGCGAUGCUGUCCUGGUGGCCGGCGAGGUUAUCAGCAUUUUGAUUACCGGUCCCGAUGGCAAGAUCUUCAAAGGACGCUUGCCCGAGCCGAUAGAUAUCGAACUGAGUACGAAAGCCUUUCACCGACGAAACGCCUGCGUUUUCUGGGAUGAGGAUGCGGGUGAUUGGUCAACAUUCGGUCUGGAAAAGGUUGGUGUGACGAACCAAUCUACGCAAUGUCGCACGACGCAUUUGUCUGUUUUCACUUUGAUCCUCGCGACUUUGACUUGCAGCCAGGCUGCAAGGAUCUUUUCUCAGGAAGCUUUGCUCGCUCUCGUGUCUACGCCUUGGGCCUGGCAGCCACCGGCUCUCGUCAACUGGGCAACUAUCUUGGUGGGGUGCUGGUUGUUGCGACUAGCAUACCGAGCUGAUCAGCAGAACCAAGCCCAGAUGAAAAGGCUGCAAACCUGGGCGAGAGAAUGCCAUGAACGGGCAGGCGUCUUACCAAACGUGGCGGCGUUCUUACGAAUGCUCGGACAGUGCCGACAGCUUGGGCAUCAUGGUUUAAGGUCAGCCAAGUCGUUUAUCUGUUCAACAGUCAUCAACACCAAGUUGGGUGUCGACAACGCAUAUCUCGACAAUCUGCACAGGAGUAUCGGAAAGACGGAUGUGCAUCGACAAGCACACACAGAGGUGGAAAGCUUCCUUGGCUCGCCUAGGUAUCGGCAAUUCUCUAUGCUUUUUGCGAGCUCCUGCAGGUGGGUAUCUAUCUUAGCUCCGUCGUGGCAGUUGGCGAGCAUGGAUCGCUGCCUUUUGUUGCUUGCCAAACUCUACAGCACCUGGGCUCUCUCGGCCAUUUUCUUCGGCAGCACAUCCGUGGCUCCAGACCAGGAUCCCGACUGCGAACCGCAGGAAGGCUUCUGGCCUAUGCUGGUCCAGAGCGUAACCGUCGCUGUGAUUGCAGGCGUGUUCGGAGCUUUGCCUCUUGGCUGUCUGGUGCUUGUCCAGCAGGCGUGCCGGGUCCAGGUUUCAACAGCAAGAACCACUUUCCGCAGCUUCGUCUUUGCCUACACCUUCACCUGUUGGCUAACCACAUGCCUCUUUCUUGCAGUGGUGAGCUCGACCGAUGCCGAGAGAUGGGUGAUUAGUGCAGUGGUGGACGUUUGUAAGUCGGCCGUGAUGAUUCCCUUUCUUUUGGCCUCCAUAUGCGUGCUUUUCUUGGUUUGUCAAGAUGCUGAGAUCCACAUGAGUUGGACGCAGCAUCUGAAGAGAUUGAGCGAGAAGGCAACGGCGAAGGUAUGCCUGCAGUCGCUGGACUUCAAGAAAGACGAGCUCUUGCACUUGGGCUUCGAGCGUGUCUGCUCUGUGAAGGUCAAAUUCACCGGCCAUGACCGGCCCGCGGUGGACUUCGAGCCAGGCUUGCUGUUGGAGGAGGUGAAUGACGGGCAAACGCUUCUCAUGACGGCAUUUGCAGAGAAAUCCGAUAAGAAAGACCCACAGCUGAUGGGAACUGCCACCCUGAAAGUCGGGUCAGCGUCAAAGUUGGCAUUCAAGCGCCAUGGCAAGCCAUUGGAUCUCUCAGCGGAGGUGGCUUUGACAGUAAUUCGUGAGUCGGAGGGCCCCACUUGGCACACCCUGCCGCCGACGAGCAGCGAUAUAUCGCUGGAUGAGCCCCCUUUGACUCCGAGGGAAGGGGGGGUUCUAAGAUCGGCGACUGAACCUGAAGCACCGGAGGCACCAUGCAGCCUCGGAGGCUGCGGCCAGAACUUGCACGAAAGCGCAGGCUUGAACGAUAGUACACGACACGACACGCCAACAGUGCAGCCCGUGCCACAGACGCCGCAGCUGCACGGCAACACAGCCUCGGACGAGAAUACGGGUCAAGGCACAGUCCAGCCCUUGCCGAAACUAAAAGUGCCUGUGCACAUGUCGGCAAGGACAAACGAGAGCCCCGUGAGUGUCGCCAGGCAAGACAAGGCCGAGUCGGCACCAGAUGCCCCAGCUCUCUCACGAGAGUUCACGGAUGCAUCCCAAUGCCCCGGCCAAAGCGGACCUGUCCAGCCGGUCCAGCUCAGUGCCACCGCCCAAGACCAAGAGCCUCGGGUUGCAUCCUCGCUGGCUACGAGCGAAAUGAUGGACUUACCGGAGCGCACAGGGGAAAUGUGGCGCUUUCAACCCAUGGCCCUGCGCUGUUGGAUUUUUGUCAACUUCUUCGCACGUCUGGACAGCAAGCCCGUUGCCGUCGUUUAUGAAGCGUCCGCCGCGUAUUUGGCAGAUCUGGCACACAGCGCGUCAGGUUCAAAGGUGGAGUUCUGGCCAUGCACGGCAUCUUGCAACCCUCCCUUCGGCCGAAGGGACGAUGUGAUUGCGGCUGUGGGUAUGCCGCGGAACUUCUCGAACUUGCAAGACUUCCCGAACUUGAAGCUAAUCCAGAGCACAUCCUACAUGUAUCCGCGUUUGUCAGCGAUGCCAGCUGGUCCAGUUGUCGCCAAAUACGACGCCCCAUGGAAAGCCUAUGGGGUGGAACCCAUCGCCGAAUUUGUCAUCGCAGCUGCGUUCCAAUGGACAUACAAGCUCGUCGAAGUCUCUUCUAGAUUCGCCGCUUGUGGCUUUGGUCCAGGGGCACCCGGUGGUUGUGCUCCGGACAGCGUGCUGACUUCCCAUCCGACGUUAAUGAGCAAGUCGAUUGGCAUCAUUGGCUACGGCACGAUUGGUGAGGCUGUGGCCAGACGAGCAUUUGCCUUAGGUAUGCGCGUGUUAGCAUCGCGACGGCACGGUCCUUUUUCGUCUUGGCUGAUCAGCGACAAUGACAAGGUGCUGGCAGAGUGCGAUUUCAUUGCAGUGACUGUUCCAGGCUCUGUCGUGGGGCUGAUCAACAAGACGGCAUUAGCACUGAUGAAGCCUGGUGCAGUGCUGAUCCCCGUGUCUGCAAAUCCCGUGGAUUUCGAUGCGCUGUACCAUGCUUUGCUUACGGGCUCGAUCGGCGGGGCCGUCCUUGACGUAUGGCCUCAAGGCUGCUGGCAUUACCCAGACUCAUUUUGCGGGCCUCCCUACGGGCACGAGGCACAGCCUUACUUGCAGUCGCAUCUGGCGCAGCUUGACAACGUCCUCGUGUUGCCAGGCGUCGCCAUGCGGGACACCAAAUUUUGGUCCAACAGCGCUGCAUGGGUUAGCGACAACCUGGUGGCGCUCAUCGAUGGCUUGCCGGUCAAAGGUGUGGUCCGGAAUGCCACAUUCGAGACCAAAACGCAGGCUGAGGAGCCGCCACGUCUGAUGCAGCUGGUGUGA